CAUCAUUGUCAAAAUGGCUGAAAACACGUAUCGAAUCUAGUCAGCCACUGCCUGCAGCAGGGAGUAAACUCUGUGGCCGCUGACGCAAAAUUUGCCGUUAAUAGGUGUUCCGUGAAAGUGCCAAUCCGCUGCGUUUCCUCCUAAAGAAACUGUCGACGAGGUUGUGCUGUGCUGGUGCGGCAAUGGACCCCAGAAAGCAGCAGGUUUACGGUGGCCGACAAGCUGGCCCGCAGCUGUUCGAGGACACUGGCUUCCCAGGAGCCGGUGGUAUGCCAUACGGCGGUAUGCCACAGCCCGGCAUGUACCCUAUGAUGCCCGACCCAAUGGCUGCAAUGGCCAUGCAGUAUGGCACCGCGCUGGCUGGCCAAGGGAAGGACAUGGUACACCAGAAGAUUGAGAAGUACGUCUCAGUGUCCAAGAUCAAGUACUACUUUGCCGUGGACACUGCUUACGUGGGCCGCAAGCUGCUCCUCCUGCUUUUCCCGUUCAGCCACACGGACUGGGCCGUCAAGUACGACCAGGACGAACCGGUGCCCCCGCGGUACGAUGUCAAUGCUCCAGAUCUCUACAUUCCGAGCAUGGCUCUGGUGACGUACGUGCUGCUCUCGGGCUACCUGCUGGGCCUGCGCAACGAGUUCACCCCCGAACGGCUCGGACUGCAGGCAAGCUCGGCACUCAUGUGGCUCACUCUCGAAGUCCUGGCCAUCUGGCUGGCCACGUACAUCCUCUCCAUCCGGUCCAGCUUGCGCGUCCUAGACCUGGUCGCCUUCAGCAGCUACAAGUUUGUCGGCAUGAUCGCGGCUCUGCUGGCGAGCAUGGUUCUCUACCGGCCGGGCUACCUGCUCGUCCUGGCCUACGCCUGUCUCACGCUAGACUUUUUUCUGCUUCGCACCCUGCGGCUCUCCCUGCUGUCCGGGAGCUCGUCCGAGGGCUCCCGUCGGGGCCUGUACCUACUCCUGGCUGUGUGCGCACUCCAGCCGGCGCUAGCCUACUGGCUCACACAGCCCCUUGCGCAGCAGCAGCUGGCUCAAUAAACUCGUCCUGUUGCUGCCA